AUGCUGUCCGCAAUUGCCUUUUCGAUUCUUUUGGCCUCUGCCAAUGCUUGGACUCCCCAGUCCAAUGCAAAGGUCUUCAGCCGAGACACGAAAAACGUUAUGAAGUGGCUUCCCGGCAGCGACAAGUUCCGUGGUGUCAACCUCGGCUCCCAGUUCAUCAUUGAGCCAUGGAUGGCCUCUGAUGAGUUCUCCAGUAUGGGCUGCGGUGGUCUCAAUGAUGAGUGGUCUUGUGUCCAGAAGCUUGGCCAAGACGCUGCCGAUGCCGCGUUCCAGAAGCACUGGGACACGUGGAUCACGCAAGACGACAUUAGCCAGAUCAAGAGUCUGGGUCUCAACACGGUCCGCAUCCCCGUUGGCUUCUGGAUCCGUGAAGAUCUUGUCCAAGAAGGCGAGUUCUUUCCGCGUGGAGGCAUCCAAUACCUCGACCGUCUGGUUGGUUGGUGCAACGAUGCCGGCAUCUAUGUCAUUAUGGAUCUUCACGGAGGUCCAGGAGCGCAGUUUCCAAAUCAGCAAUAUACUGGCCAUGGAGUCUCUCAGCCAGGUUUCUACACUCAAGACAACUACGGACGAGCAGCCGACUUCCUGGAGUGGAUGACUGAGCGUAUUCAUACCAACGCAACCUACGCUUCCGUCGGCAUGCUUGAAGUCAUCAACGAACCAGUUCACUCUGGCGACUACCCCAGCCAGGCGGCCGACAUGGUCAAUACCUACUAUCCUCUUGCCUGGAACCGCAUCCGUGACACUGAGAGCCGCCUGGGAGUCUCUGAUGACAAGCGUCUCCACAUCCAAUUCAUGGACGCCACCUGGGGCUCCGGUGAUCCAACCAGCGCCCUCCCCAGCACUGACUUUGCCGCCUUCGACGACCACCGCUACCUCAAAUGGGAUACCGGCGUCACUGCCACCAAAGACGGCUAUAUCAAUGCCGCCUGCAGCGAUCAACGUCCUGCCAACGCCAUCAUCGGCGAGUGGUCCAUCUCUGUUGCCGAUUCCGCCCAGGAUAACUCCGAGCUCGGCAUCCGUGACCGCACCGACCAGGCCGGCUGGUAUCAGCAGUUCUGGGCCGCCCAGGUACAGGCCUUUGAGAAAUCCGCCGGCUGGGUCUUUUGGACAUGGAAAUGCAACUGGAUAGCGGGUUACAAUGACUGGAGAUGGUGUUAUCAAAGCGCGGUUGCUGCUGGAGCUAUUCCAAAGGAUGCCAGCAGUGCGGCGAGCCUCAGCCCUUGCUAA